CCGUGCUGUGAUCGAUUACUUCGGCGAUAUUAGAUUUAGUUUUUUUUUUUCAAGCCUGCAGCCAGGCGUGUUCCUAGUCUUUCUUCUUUUUCUUCUUCAGCAGCGCCUCUACUUCCACAUUAUUUAAGAAAAUGCCUCAGGAACUUCCGCCCAAAGACAUAGCAGCUGACCUAGAGAGUGGUGUCAGCGGUGACGAGGCAGAGGGUGAUCGCAUUGAGAUCAACACUAGCAGUACAAUGGAGCCAUCGAUCCCACCACCCAUGUGCUCGUUCGCCGACCUUGGUCUUGAUCCCUGGCUAGUAGAUACCCUGGGUGCUAUGUCGAUUUCUGAACCCACCGAGAUCCAGCGCGCAUGCAUUCCGCCGAUUCUGGUCGGCCACGACGCAAUUGGCGGAGCCAAGACCGGCUCAGGAAAGACUGCUGCAUUCGCCUCCCGAUCCUGCAGAAGCUUAUUCGCAUUGGUUCUGACGCCAACGCGUGAGCUGGCAUACCAGAUUGCCGAGCAGUUCAAUGUUCUGGGCAAGGGCGUCAACAUCAAGGUAACAGUGGCGAUCGGCGGUAUGGACAUGGUUAAGCAGGCCCUGGAGCUGUCGCGGCGUCCACACAUUGUUGUUGCCACACCUGGCCGGCUAGCAGAUCACAUUGAGAGCAGCGCGAAUGCUGUGCACUUCCAGAAAGUGAAGUUUUUGGUGCUUGACGAGGCAGACCGCUUGUUGACAGAGACGUUUGCGCCCGACAUGGCUGUCCAUUAUGAACACAUCCUGCAGCUGCGCGAAAAGCCUUCGAAGCAGCCCGUGUUUACGCAUCUGUGCGAUACCAGCGUGAGCACAGUUUCUUCGCUGGUGCAAAACUAUAUUUUUGUGCCGUCCCACGUCAAGGAAGCGUACUUGGUCCACCUGCUGAUGUCGAAUGUGUCCAAGCUCGAGAAGCGCCGGGGGCAGCCAAAGCUCAACGACGAUGGCGACGACAGCGAUCCUAUCAUGAUCUUUGUUGGCCAAUGCAAGCAGGCAGAGUCCCUGCGCGUAAUGCUGUUUGAGCUUGGGUUCCGCGUCACUGCUCUGCAUUCCAAGAUCUCGCAGCAGGAGCGGCUCAACAGCCUGGGGAAGUUCCGUGCCGAGGCGGUCCGUAUCUUGAUUGCCACUGACGUUGCCAGCCUCGAGCUGGUUGUCAACAUGCACGUGCCGCGCGACCCUGACGAGUAUAUUCACCGUGUCGGCCGUACUGCACGUGCGGGCCGCGGUGGCCGGGCCAUUACCAUUAUGUCGGAGAGCGAUAUCAAGCUUAUCCACAACAUCGAGGCGCGUAUUGGCAAGCAGCUGGAGGAGAUGCCGAUCAGCGAGAAGAAGGUUCUCGAGGGCAUGGGCAAGGUUCUGAGGGCAAAGCGCACGGCAGCCUUGCAUUUGCUCGAGUCUAACUUUGGCGAGCGCGACAAGAUCCGGAACAAAAGCGCAGCGGCAACAGCAGUACACGGCCGGGAAAGCGGCCAAAGAAUUAGAAUUACAAACGUUACUAAUAUUUAG